ACGCACGCUGUUUCACCGCGAAUGCGCAGGCGCAGUGGCUGGCUCUCCGCGCUUUUCGCCGAGCGGCCGCCACUGCUCGGCGCUGGCCGCCGAAAAGCAUCGACUCCGGUUUGGGUGUUUGCGUCUCCGGUCCAGCCGCCAUGCCGACUGUUCUUUGUUACAUUUGAGUGUGGCGGAAUCGCUCAGAUCGGAGUUAAAACCCGGCUAGAGUUUGGGAUCCGCUGAGUUUCUGGAUCCCGGCCGCUCCUGAAGCGCGUCUGUCGAUGAAAAGCAGCGCCUGCUGUCAGGAAAGCCCGCCGAGCCGCGGCAGUCCGGCUGAUGCGUUCAGGUGGAACUGAAGAGUUUCCCGUCAUGCACAUCUUCCUACAGCCACGUUCUGAAGCACUCCCGCAAGAAGUCCCUUUAUGAAAAGCAGCCAGCAGAGUUUAGGGCGAGCUGGACCUGCUGUCAGCGCACGCUUUGUUAGCUGGUAAAGGCUCCAUGUUCCUUCUUCUCCAUGCAGGUGGAGAUGAUGGCUGAGCAGACACCAGAUGAGUUCAUCUGGUGUGAGGACUGUGGUCAGUACCAUGACUCUGAGUGUCCAGAGUUGGGACCUCUUGUGACCGUAGAAGACUCCUUCGUGCUCAGCCGGGCUCGGUCUUCUUUACCCAACAGCCUUGAGAUCAGAGAGGUGGCGAAUGGAGAGGAAGGGGUGUUUGUUCUCCGACGGCUGGUCAAACGGACUCGCUUUGGGCCUUUUGAGGCCAAGAGGGUUUCCAGCGUGGAAAAGGAAGGAGCUUUUCCUCUGAAGGUUUUUCUGAAGGAGGGCAUGGUGCUGUGUUUCGACUGCAGCAGUGAGGAGGACUGCAACUGGAUGAUGCUGGUGCGACCUGCCACCGACCACAGGCACCAGAACCUGACCGCCUACCAGCAGGACGAUGACGUUUACUUCAACACCUCCCAGGAUGUGCUGCCGGGAACAGAGCUGAGGGUCUGGUAUGGAGCUUUCUACGCCAAGAAGAUGGAAAAACCCAUGUUGAAGCCUCCGCUUCCGUCACUGAUGUCUCCCCCAGCAGACGUAGUGCCUUCGUCUACUAAAAUAGAGCCCUCAGAAAUUAUUGAGUCCAAUAUGGCUCCGGUGAUUGAAAACAAGAAUUUGGACAACACCGUGAGUCCUGUCAGCGACAAGACGGUAACCGUGCUUCCCAUGGAAGCGCUUUUGCACCAGGAGGAGGACCCGCCAGUUCCCGAAGGGGGGAGCGGCGCCCCUCAGCCGUGCCGUAAGAGCGGCCCAAGCCGAGGGAAGAGAGCCAGGGCUCGGCGGCUAGGGCCUUCAGCUGCAGCAAACAGAGUCAGAGAUGCGAGGCCCCCGGCGGAAGGGUCAGCGCCCAGGCCCCGAGAGGCGGCGGCGGCAGACGGCAGGAGCCUGCUGAGCUCGGCGGCGGACGGCGCGGUUGUCCCGAAGAGGCACAAAACGCGGGAGCACAAACGGGUUUACCGCUGCUCCCUGUGCAGCAAGAUCUUCCAGAACAGCAGCAACCUCAACCGGCACAUCCGCUCUCACGGUGAUAAGCUGUUCAAGUGUGACGAAUGCGAUAAGUUAUUCAGCCGUAAGGAGAGUCUGAAGCAGCACAUCUCCUACAAGCACAGCAAGAAUGUGCCUGACAAAGAGUACAGGUACAAAUGCAACACCUGCGAGAAAUCCUUCCGGCUCGAGAACGCUUUGAAGUUCCACAACUGCCGCACAGAUGACAAGACGUUCCAGUGUGACAUCUGCUCGCGGUUCUUCUCCACCAACAGCAACCUCUCCAAGCACAAGAAGAAGCACGGCGAGAAGCUCUACUCCUGCGAAAUCUGCAACAAAAUGUUCUACCGCAAAGACGUGAUGCAGGAGCACCACAGGAGACACAGCGUGGGACCAAAGCAUAUGAAGAGAGAAGAGCUGGACACCAAUGGAGAAGAAGGGACAAAGUACAGAAAGGAGCCGUCUCCAUGUCCCAUCUGCGGCAAGGUGUUCUCCUGCAGGAGCAACAUGAACAAGCAUCUGUUGACCCACGGCGACAAGAAAUACACUUGCGAGAUCUGCGGCAGGAAGUUUUUCCGCGUGGACGUCCUCAGAGACCACAUUCACGUGCACUUCAAGGACAUCGCUUUAAUGGAUGAGCAGGAAAGAGAAGAUUUCAUCAAGAAGAUCGGCAUCUCCGCUGACGACAGCGACGAAACCGAUGAGGACGAAGAUGAAGACGACCCUGAACACCACAAGUACAACUGUAAAAAGUGUCAGUUAUCAUUUGCUAAGGGUAAAGAAUAUCUGAAGCACAUUAUGGAGCAACACAAAGAGAAAGGCUACGGCUGUGCCAUCUGCAACCGCCAUUUUGCCCUGAAGGCCACGUACAACGCACAUCUGGUCAUCCACAGAGAGCAACUGCCAGACCCUGCAGUGCAAAAGUACAUCCACCCAUGUGAGAUCUGUGGAAGAAUCUUCAACAGUAUCGGGAACCUGGAAAGGCACAAGAUCAUCCACACAGGAGUGAAGAGUCACGGCUGCGAACAAUGCGGCAAAUCAUUCGCGAGGAAGGACAUGCUGAAGGAGCACCUCAGGGUUCACGACGACAACAGGGACUACCUGUGUGCAGAGUGCGGUAAAGGCAUGAAGACCAAGCAUGCUCUGAGGCACCACAUGAAGCUUCACAAGGGCAUCAAAGAGUACGAGUGCAAAGAAUGCAACCGCAAGUUUGCCCAAAAGGUCAACAUGUUGAAACACUACAAGAGACACACAGGGAUCAAAGACUUCAUGUGCGAGUUGUGUGGAAAGACGUUCAGUGAGAGGACCACUCUGGAGACGCACAAACUCAUCCACACAGUUGGAAAAACGUGGAAAUGUGAGACGUGCGAUAAGAAGUACCUGACAGAGUACAUGCUGCAGAAGCACGUCCACCUGACCCACGAGAAGGUGGAGGCCCAGUCCUGCCACCUGUGUGGGACCAAGGUGUCCACCCGCGCCUCCAUGAACCGACACCUGCGGCGCAAACACCCCGACUCGGCGGCGUCUUUGAGGAGCGACGACUUUGAUGAUCUCCAGGAGAACUCUGCAGUCAGUAAUUCUUCUGUCAGUCAUGUUCAGUCCACGCUGUCCCUGGAAAAGGACGGGAUGUCCCUGGAUCGGCCUGCGCGACCUUCCCGGCAGCCCAAGAGGAAGCAGCGAGCCGUAGCCGAGCCGGAGCUCUCCGACACCGACGACUACGGGGACUUCAGUGAGGCGAGGCAGGAGCCCGUCGCCGAGUUCAACACCGUCAUCGUCGGGGAUGAGACGGAGACGGACUCUGCCGUGCAGAGCAUCCAGCAGGUGGUCGUCCUGGCUGACCCGAACACUCCAUCAGCCCCCUCCCCCAACAGCUCUGUAGGGCUGACCAACAUUACGGUGACUCCCAUCACCAGCCACGCCCCCGCCCAGUUCACCAGCCUGCAGCCUGUCGCCGUGGGUCAUCUUACCGCCAGCGACCGCCCCCUCACGCUGGACAACUCCAUCCUCACCGUCACCUUCGACGCCGUCAGCGGCUCCGCCGUGCUCCACAACCGCCCGGCCGAGCUCGUGCACGAGGCCGUGGGCUCCGCCGGCGGGGCCCCGCAGUCUGUCGCCCAUUUCAUCAAUCUCACCACUCUGGUCAAUCCCAUGAGCCACCAGAUGGAGGCCCCGACUCUGGCUUGGAGGCCCGUACCGCCGGCCGAGGGCAGCCAGGUUACACAGGUGGUGGAGGGGGCCCAGGGUGAGAGCCAGGAGUGCCAGAGCCAGGGCGGUGAGCAAGGGCGGGGCAGCCAGGGGCAGCCAUCGCCCCUGCAGCAGCAGAGUGGCUCUGCUCAGCAGAUGUUUAGCUACUGAGAGACUGUGGGCUGCUGGUCACCCCACAGUCUCUGACACCAUUAUAAACUGGAGGAGAUUUUUCUCAGACAGAACAAAACUAUUUUUCACCCUGAUGCCUCACCAACCUCAUGGAAACCAGUUCUUUUUGGUUUGUUUUUAUACAUAAUUCUAUAUAAAUAUUGACAAAGUUGCGGUCUUGCAUACGUUUGAAAGAAGAAAAACCCUGAUUUAGCACCGACAAUAGAAACCAAAGCAACAGGCUAAACUUUCAAAUGCCUUAGCAGCCUUUUAGAACACGUUUUCCACGGAGAACCCGAACAGAACCAGGAGGAACUCCAUGAAACUCAGCCCACCUCCACCGGGGUUACUGAUCAAACCCUUUUUUUGAAUCAUGUAUGCUGUAAUUAUUGCUGGUCUGAGCUCAAAAGAACCUUUUUAUUUAAAAACAAA